GCGGACGGCGGGUACCGGCAGACGCGGUGUGCUUUUGUUGGGAAACCGGGAGGGCUGGAUGGUGGAUUUGUUUAUUCUGCGGAUUUGUAUGAGAGGCUAGAAUAACUUCGCAUGGGACAAACCCGCCUUCGUUCAUGUCGUUUGCUCAAUUGUUUCGCCCGGCGCCUUGACGCCGAUUGAAGGAGGAAUUGGUUGGAGGAGCGAUAUUGACAGAGCGACAUGAAUAAACACGCGUUGUCGUCCACCAACUGUAGCCUACAGGACAGACGCAAACCCGUGUGAUUUCAGUCUGAUACCCGGAGCUUACAGAUGAUCACAGCAACGCGGGUCGGUAUAAACGGAGGCAACGACAGUAUGCUCUGCUGCACGCUUGAUUUUGUACCAUAGGCCAGUGUGUUAUUGGCGAUUUGCACGCCUUGUAAUAAUGCAUCAAGAGACAACUUUAUUAUAGGCCAGACUAAUUGUGACUCACUCGUGCGUGGUUAUUUUCCCUUAAAGUGCGUCUGCAUUUUAGCCUGGAUUGGACGUAGAAAUCCCGUUAUCGCUGAACAUAGAUUCAUCUAUAGUGCAUCAGUAAACGCCAGUGCCAUUUAUUACCCCGGAGCUCUGCGCUGCUUUGCGAUUUACAUUUUUACCAUCGGGAUCCUGCAAUGUAUUGAUGUCGCUAAUUACGUUUUGCAAGACAGACCUGAAAGUGCAGCGGCACCGUUGCCAAAUGAUUGCUAAACUGUAGAUGUAGGCAGGCCUAACCUUUGCUUAUGCAGAUCCAAUCGAUAGCGAGAUAAAGACAGCUCUGGCAGCCUGUUAAGGCCACUCUGCAAGUGUCAUAGGGGUGUGUUUAAAACCCCGCACAUCAACUUUUUUACACAUGCCACAAAGGCACAUACAGUAAGGAAGCUGCUCGGUGGAGAGUUGAGACUGCCAAGCCACACCGUAGGCUGUAGUCUCACAGAAAACACUGUAAAGCAACAUUUUACGAAAGAAGUUUCAAUGGUUUUCCGAAAGUUGCCCGGUGUGUCGGCAUCGGGCAUGGGUCUGCGCCUGUCCCAGAAAUUCGUGUUUCUGCUUUUUCUCUCGGGAUUGGUUACACUGUGUUUUGGGGCCCUAUUCUUUUUGCCCGACUCUGUCCGACUAAAACGGAUUUUUCUAUCUAAGACCGACACCCAGCCAGUCACUGUUGGCUCCGGCUCCGAGAACGAUGCCAAGGAGCACUUAAAAAGGGCCAAGGACCAGGAGCAUCUGCGGGGCAUCACCUCGGGCAAAGGGGAGACCAGCACCAAACUGAAAAGCCUGAGCCGCAAGCCGUCCGUCUCCCAUGAGGCGACCGAGGAAAGGCUCGCCGGAGGGAAAGCGCAGGAGGAUUUGACUUUGUUCAGGUCGAAAGCGGAGUCUGCUUCGGAGAGGGCGACCUUCUCCAACCAUGGUGCCAGCUCGGAUACUUUCAGUUACAACAAGUUCAAACAGUGUCUGCUCAAGGCGCCGCUGGGAAGAGAGCAAGGCAGGCCGAGCGACCCCAGGACCGCGGAGCGCCGGGACAAAGUCAAGGAGAUGAUGAAGUUUGCGUGGGACAACUACAAGCGCUACGCCUGGGGUAAAAACGAGCUGCGGCCUUUGACCAGGAACGGGCACAUCGGCAACAUGUUUGGUGGGCUGAAAGGAGCCACCAUCAUUGACUCACUGGACACGCUGUAUAUAAUGGGAAUGACUGAGGAAUAUAAUGAUGCCAAGGAGUGGGUGCAGACCAGCCUGGACCUAAACUCGAAUGGUGAGGCAUCACUCUUUGAGGUGAACAUCCGUUACGUCGGCGGGUUGCUGUCAGCAUACUAUCUGACAGGAGAGGAGUUGUUCAAGAAGAAAGCAAUGGAGCUGGGAGAGAAGCUGCUGCCGGCCUUCAACACGCCGACAGGCAUCCCCCGAGGAGUCAUCAACCUGGGGAGCAGUGGCACCAGUUGGAGCUGGGGCUGGGCCUCAGCUGGGAGUAGCAUCCUGGCCGAGUUUGGGACCCUGCACCUCGAAUUUGUCCACCUGAGCGAGCUCUCCAGCAAUGCUAUCUACAAAGAGAAGGUGAUGAACAUCAGGAAACUGCUGUCCAAAAUUGAAAAGCCCCAUGGUCUGUACCCCAACUUCCUCAGUCCUGUCAGCGGCAACUGGGUACAACAUCACGUUUCAAUCGGAGGCCUAGGGGAUAGCUUCUACGAGUAUCUGAUCAAAUCGUAUCUGAUGUCAGACAAGACGGACGAGGAGGCAAAGAAGAUGUACUACAGUGCGCUGGAGGCGAUUGAAGCCAACCUGGUGCAGAAGUCACCCGGCGGCCUCACCUACAUGGCAGAGUGGAGGGGAGGAAUCUUGGACCACAAGAUGGGCCACCUGGCCUGCUUCUCCGGGGGCAUGAUUGGCAUCGGCGCCGAUGAUGGAGUGCCAGAGAAGAGGCAGCACUACCUGGAUCUGGCUGCCGAGAUCACACACACAUGCCACGAGAGCUACACUCGCUCAGCCACAAAACUGGGGCCUGAGGCAUUCCGGUUCGACGGCGGAGCUGAGGCCACAGCAACGAGGCUGAGCGACAGGUAUUACAUUCUGCGGCCGGAGGUCAUCGAGAGCUACAUGUACAUGUGGCGACUGACCCAUGACCCCAAGUACCGGGAGUGGGGCUGGGAGGCUGUCGAGGCCCUGGAGCAGCACUGCAGAGUGGACUCUGGCUUCUCUGGGAUCCGAGACGUCUACGCCACUACAGUCGGACACGAUAACAUGCAGCAGAGCUUCUUCCUCUCAGAGACGCUCAAGUAUCUGUACCUCCUCUUCUCUGACGACGACCUUCUGCCACUGGAGGACUGGGUCUUCAACACAGAGGCCCACCCACUGCCUAUCAUCCGCGACAGCUGCCUGCAGGACGGAGGAGCACAGGACAAGACAGUGUCUGAAUGAGACUGAACACCUCGCCGCCCAAUGCUUAAGACACUUAGAGAUACAGUACACUGACACACACACACAUACACGCAGACAUACACACACAGUCACACAGAUACUGCACACACACAAACACAAUGCAGGUUCAAAGUCCUCUGCGGAGCCUGUCAUGGACUCUCAAUUCCUUUCCAGUAAAGGAUCUUGUCGUUUUACGCUGUGAUUGUAUAUCCUUGCGCCGGGACUACUUCCUACUGGCACUACUUUUUUUGUGGACAAUCAAGACAAACAUGACUUUCAUGAAAAGAGCACCUUUUUUUCUUUCCUUCUUUCCUCUGUGAGGAAACCAGUAUAACUUGCAGACCCAAAUGUAUGGGAGGAGGGUUGAACCAUGGGCCAUACUGCUAGAAAGAGAGAGAGAGAGAGAGAGAGAGAGAGAGAGAGAGAGAGAGAGAGAGAGAGAGAGAGAGAGAGAGAGAGAGAUGUAGAAAACCACUUGAGUUUUGCUUUUUUGAUUUUUUUGUUUCCCUACCCUUAAGUGAUGAAUGAUUUCUUUUGAUCUUGUCAUUGCAUUUUUUCCUUUGUGAAUACACUCUGACCAAAGUUUUCUUUGAGGUUCUGUUCCCCCCCCCCUUUCCCAGUGACGUGUAUUUUGGUGAGAUUUGACAGAUAGUAAAAUCGCAGACGUAACGUAAAGGAUUGAAUGCUAAUGAAUAUUAAUAAAUGUACAGACAAAUGUCAAAUGUGAUUCUCAGAUCCACCUCCAAACUAAUAUUGAUGUCAUGUUUCUAACUGAAACAAGCUUGAAUGAUUUUUUUUUUUUUUCUUUCUUUCUUUUUAAAGUUCGGAGGUGGCAGGAAACCCGUCAAGGUUUAACAGUGGCAGUGUCUUAUGCAUCCAGGGACCAUUUUUACUGAAAAAAAAAAAAAAAAAUUGUUUUGGGUUAUCAUUCACCUGUAUGCUUGUGUUCUACUUGGACCAGGGCAACUCUUCCUCAAGCCUCACAGCCUUUUUACGUCCUAAUUACAAACAGACUGGUGUCAGUUCUGUGACUGUAACACAAGCACCAACAACAAUGCAAAAGGAAAAAACAGCUCCAACUUAGAAGCCACCUGAGUAUUCAUGGGGUUCGGCUGACUCAGUUGUUCAAUAUGCCUGUUAGUAUUACAAUGUUUGAGUCUCACCAUUUCACAGUAUUGACAGCGGAAAUAGCCAAAUAAAUAAAUAAAUAAAAGUCAACAUGGUUAAUAUGAAGACA